AUGACUCUGCACUCACAUUUCCAACUCCAAGGAGGUGCCGAUGCCAACGACGUGUACAAAUGGCACGAGAAACAGACCAGACGUCAACUUGGGCCUAGAUCGCACACUUACCAUGCACCACACAGCAAAGACCCCACUAUCUCGUCCAUCAAAGCUCCAGGCGGAUUCCGCCGCCACUUCUUGCAGCAGAAUGCUGCCUCUCGCGGACAGCCUGCACCCAAGUUGCACACAAAGUCCUUUAUCCAUCACCUGGGUCUCUUCAACAUGUACGAGAUCGACCGCUUUGCAGGAGAAAACUUUCACUCAAUCCCAAGACGCUCUAUUGUUGUACCCAAGGAUCUGGAUAAACGGAGACUUUCCAUGGCAGAGACGGCCAUUGAAGAGCCAGAAGAAAAGAUUUCAUUUUCAAAAGCUGUAGGCAUGCUCUUCAAAACGUUCAUUGCCAGUGGUAUUCUCUUCCUUCCCAAUGCCUUCAAGAACGGUGGUAUCCUCUUCGCGCCUCUGUUCAUGACUCUGAUCGCCGUCCUGUGUCUGCACUCUUUCUUAUUGCUGGUCAAGUGCCGAGAGCUGCAUCCAGGGUCAUACGGAGAAAUCGGCGAGCACUUUUACGGCCGCUGGAUGCGCUACAUCGUCCUCUUUGCAAUUGCAAUCUCUCAGUUUGGUUUCUGCUGUGGAUACUGCAUUUUCUUUGCUCAGCAGUUUGCGAUUGUGGUCGACAGUUUGGGCGGCGCCCAUCUGGACAAGAUUGUAUGGAUUGCCAUCUUCUUCGUGAUCCUGGUUCCAUUCACAUUUGUCCGCAAUAUUGGAAAGCUCGGAUUCAGCACCCUGGUUGCAGAUCUGUGCAUCAUUGUCGGAUUGAUUUACCUGUACACCUACGAUAUCAAGGAAUUGAUCACUCAUAGGGAUGCACCCCACCCUCUUCGAUUAUUCAACUCGGAGGACUUUGGCAUCUUUAUUGGCACAGCUGUGUUCUCGUACGAGGGUAUCGGAAUGGUUAUCCCUAUCUGUGGUAGCAUGGCAAACCCCAAACAGUUCCCUCGAGCGCUCACUAUCGUCCUCACAGUAGUGUGCGUGCUACUGGUCAGCUUUGGAUCGAUGGGAUAUGCUGCCUAUGGUGACCAAGUCCAGACGAUCGUCCUUGAUGAUCUACCUAGCCAUAAUGGAGGAGAGAAGGCAGGAAAGAACGCUAUUCAACUGUUGUAUGUCAUUGCUAUUUUCCUGACAACGCCUCUGAUGCUGUUCCCCUGCAUCCGUAUCGUGGAGCAAGUUGUGUUCAAGGUUGUCGGGGACGAGUCUUCGGGCAAAGUGAAGGCGCUGAAAGAGAAUGUAGUGCGUGUACUUAUCGACCUUGCAGUCGCAGCCGUAGCAUAUGCUGGGUACAGCAGGCUGGAUAUUUUUAUCUCGUUCGUCGGCUCGUUUGCCUGUGCGCCUUUGCUCUUUAUCUUUCCACCCCUGUUCCAUCUCCGGGGAUUCCCUGGCCAGCCUCUCUGGCGUAAGAUCAGCGACAUUGUCCUUAUCCUCUUUGGCUUUAUCGUUUUCUUCUAUACCCUUAUAACGAAUAUCCAGAACUUUUCCAAGAGCGGAUGA